AUGAUACUGAAAUUGAUAUAUAAUUCAUUUAGAUGGAUUGAUUAACCUUGUGGUAAAUUGUUAAUUAUAAUUAGGAUUGAAUGAAUUUUAAUUAGGAUAUAGAAGAAUUGAGAAUUAUAAUAUGAGCAAUUUAAUUAAAGGACAUAAAGAUUAUGGAAUUCACAUUAAAUAAAUAUUAAUUCAAACAGACUUUUUAUAAUAUUUAAGAUUUUUAUAUGAAUGA